AUUUUUGUGCUUGCUUGUGUAAUUUUGUCAUUUUUAUCACUUCCACGAAAGAAGCAAUGUCAUUGAAAUUCAAAUGUGGAUAUUGUGGCUGGAUUCUUUGGGACAAAAAUGGGACAAUAUCACAUGGUUGCUUUAAAAAUUGUAAAGAGUUAAUAAUGGACGAAGAUAGAAAUCUCUUUAGAAAAGAUUCUUUAGAAACAAAUGUGGAAAAUGAGACUUAUGGAAGCGGCACUGCCUGUAUUGAAGAAAGUAUUACCUACGAGAAAGAAAAUGUCCCAGAGAAUAUUGAAGAAUGUAUUACCCACGAUACAGAAAGAUUAGAUGAAGAUUUAAUAAGUGCAGUAAAAGAGCGACCAGCUUUAUAUGAUUUUCGUAUGCCAGUCAAAGAGCGAGGAAGGAAACAAAAGGACUGCUUGUGGCAAGAAGUCAGCAAAUGUUUGAAAGGUAGAAUUUACAUUUACAUAUUUCCUUACAUGUUUAUUCAUUUGCGAGGUUUCACACACACACACACACAUAUACAAUAUUAACAUACAUAUUGC